AGGCAAAAAAGGCCCAGCUUCAGCAGUUUCAGCGGAAAAGACGAGGCGGGGCGAGGUGUUUUGGCGGGGCGUCAUCCAGUUCUCCCGCGCGGCGGCGAGGGUUUGGCGGGAGCGCCACCUUCGAGAGCCUGAGAGAGACAGAGGCGAGAGGCGCCGCUGUGGAGGAGAGGUUGAGAUUUGUUCCGUCCAGAGCAGAGGAGUUCGUCACGCCGCAUUCAUUGGAGAGAAAGUAGGGCGGCCUCGCGCCGCCGCGGAGGCGACGGGGAGGAGGGCCUCGCCGCACCGGAGCUUCUGAGAAGAUACAGCGCGGCCGCAGAUUUUCGUUCACCUGAUCUGCCCCUGGAUUCCACCGAGAAGAUAUAAUCGUCGUUCGCCUGAGAUUAAUAAGGUGGUGUGCAAUGGCGCAAUCUGAUAAGGGGAUGCCUCAAAUUGGCAUGAUAUUCAAAAGUCAAGUGGAGUCUUGGUUGUUUUGGGUAGCAUAUGGUGGUCGUGUAGGCUUUGAUGUGAGGAAAAGGUACACCAAUGUGAGCAAAUUUGAUGGUAAGGUAACUUCCUGUAGACAUGUUUGUGCCAAUGAAGGUCAUCGGAAAAAAACGCAAAGAGAAUCCAUUCGGAAGUGCUUUAGAGCUGAGACAAGAACUGAUUGUAAAGCUCGAACGACUCUUACAUUGGAUCGAGAGUCUGGAAAUUUGGAAGUCACGGAUGUAGUUAUUGAACAUAAUCACUUGCUUCACUUGCCACAAACCCGCCACCUCAUGGUGUCCCAAAGGAAAAUUUCAGAAUUUCAAGCAUAUGAAAUUGAAGCCGCAGAUGAUUCUGGAAUUAGGCCUAAAGCUGCAUAUGAGCUUGCUACUCGUCAGGUUGGCGGACCACUUAAUCUCAGCUACACUUGUCGAGACCACAGAAAUCUUUUGCAAAGCAAGAGGCAAAGAGAGCUUGCUUUUGGUCAGUCAGGCAGCAUGUUAAAGUACUUUCGUGGAAAAGUUGCUGAAAAUCCAUCAUUUCAAUAUACUUUGCAACUAGAUUGCGAGGAGAAUAUAUCAAACAUUUUCUGGGCUGAUGCUAAAAUGAUGUUAGACUAUGCACACUUUGGCGAUGUUGUCACAUUUGACACUACUUUUGGUACAAACAAGGAAUAUAGGCCAUUUGGUCUUUUUCUUGGGCUCAAUCAGUUUAGGGAGACUACAGUUUUUGGUGCUGCACUAAUGUUUGACGAAACAUUUGCCUCAUUCAAAUGGCUCUUUGAAACCUUCCUAGGUGCGCAUAAUGGAAGGCAACCUAGAACUAUUUAUACCGAUCAAGAUUAUGCAAUGGGUAGAGCUGUAGAGGAUGUGUUCACAGAAGCAUAUCAUGGACUGUGUACAUUUCACAUAAUGCAAAAUGCUGUGAAACAUCUAUCUCCAAUUAAGGGUGAAGAUGAAGACGAGGGUGAAGAGAAAGAGGAGGGUGAAGGCAAAGAUGAAGAUGAAGAAUCACAUAUUCUCACUGAUUUUAGUGCUUGUAUGUAUGGCUAUGAGGACAAGGUUGAGUUUGAAGAAGCAUUUGCCAACAUGAGGUUAAAGAUGCAUAAGCAAACUUGGUUCGAUAGUAUCUACAAGGUAAAAGAAAAGUGGGCUGAAUGUUUUAUGAGAGAUGUCUUCAGUUUGGGAGUGAGAAGUACACAAUUAAGUGAGAGCUUCAACAAUUCAUUGAAGAACCAUUUGAAAUCUGAUUUUCAUAUUGUUAGAUUUUUAAAGCAUUUUGAAAGGAUAGUGGAACAAAAAAGAAACAAAGAGCAUUUUAAAGCAUUUUCAUAUUGUUCUAAUAUGUAGAAGUUGGUUAGAUGAAACUUUGGGGGUUAACUAUAGUUAUCCGAUGGUAUUUUGGUGGCUAACUAUAGUCUUUUGUGGCCUAAGUGUACAAGUGAAAUGGCCUAUUAUGUAACAUACUUGGAUGGUUAUUCAUCAAUAGUACUUGUUGCUACAGAAUUUGAAUGGUAUGGUUCAGACUAUCAA